AUGACCAAACUAGCCUUAUCUUUGACUACCCCGGAGUCGUCGGGGCCCCAAUUUUCCAGGGUUCCAUACAGAGCUGCCAGGGAUAGCAGGCUGAACACGAAUGCAGCCACCGAUCCAGCAAACGAGAUCUUCCAUGUGGACGGGUUCCUCUGUGCGACUUCAACGACGGUUUUCAAUAUCAGGGCGCUGAAAGCAGCUCUGCGGCGAAUAUCGAUCAACCAGAGUAAAUGGAUCAAGGCAACGAAUCCGAAAAACACCCCAGUCCAGAAGCUGUUAUUCGUGAAAGCUCCGUAG